CAUACUAGCUAUCAAAACUUUCAACAUUUGACAGCAUUUUGUCCCUAAACACGUUACAUCGCAGUAGGUCAACUUUGCGCUCCCUGUUGGAUGGAAAACAUGUCAAACGGAAGCAGGACAAUCGAACCAAACAUCUGCCCGGGAACAGUGCGUCGUUAUUUAGUUACCGAAACGGUAGUAACAACACCAACGUGACCAGAAUGUCCACCAACGGCUGGAUACACUGCAACAUUUGCUUUCAUUCGUUCGAGAGAAAGGAGCGAAAGUUUUACCAUCUCUCCUGCCGUCAUGUGCUUUGCAAGCUGUGCAUGGCCAAAACGAAUCGUGGAACGAUGUGUCCGCUGUGCAAAAAACCGUUGGAGCGCUUCACCGAGCUGAACAACCAGAUGGAGCGCAAGGAGAAGAUGUACUACGAUCCGGGUUCGCUGAAGGUUUUUGGCGUUGCGUACCAGAGUGUCAUCUUCCAGCACAAACAGCGCGAGGAUAUGAUACGUGGAAUACUGCGCUGUCGAUCCGCGGUAACGCAGAUGAAGGAAAUGGAAAAUGCCAUGCGCCAGAAGAUAAUGGAAACGCAACGACGCUAUGAAAAGUUUCGCACCCACCGACGGAACCUGCAGGAAGGGUUGCGCCAGAUUUCGCCCCGCUACGGCUCUGGUCCCACUGUUGUGCAGGGCGCCGGUUGUGCAGGGCGCACACCACUGCAGCCGUUGACAGGAAACCGCGCGUCACCACAACUAGCACUGGCGAAUCGUGAUGGCGAUCCGGCCAGUCGCAGAUACCAGGACAAAGGCCGGCCAGAAACGGUAACGUUUGCGGCAUCGCCAGAAUCAUCAUCCGCUGACUUUAGCUUCGGUACUCCUGCCCCAUCGAACCGGUCCGCAACAGUAACGGACGGCAGCUUUACACCGGCGGAGCAGCAACACGCGAGGCUUUUCACACCACAAGCUAGCAACGAACGUUUCUUCCGCGAGGGCAACAAACCCGCUGUAACCGGCCAGGGCGAUGGUGGAUUCGCGGACGAUUCUGGCAUUUCGAGCAUGCAAACACCAACCUCAAGCUUAAGCUUUGCCGGCAGCUCUAGAAUGGCACAGGGAAUGCAACAGCAGCAACUGAAACAGCAACAGCUGAAACAGCAACAACUGAAGCAGCAGCAACUGAAACAGCAACAGCUUAAACAGCAGCAACAGCAGUAUCAGCAGCUGAAACAGCAGCAACAGCAACAUCAGCAGCAUCAGCAGCAUCAGCAGCUGAAACAGCAGCAACAGCAGCAUCAGCAGCUGAAACAGCAGCGCCAGCAUCCUUACACUCCCUCAACGCCAGCAAGACAUCUUCCCGGUACUUCGUCGUAUCGACACAGUCAGAUUUUCCCCCCGACUGUACCACGGCCUUGAUGGGCGAGAAUGUCGGACAAGCGCAUUCUUGUACAUACAAUCUUAAUCGUUCGCCUUCUUUAUUAGAAUACGGUUAGAUUUAGCAUCGCCUUACGGUCGUUGUAACAAAUACAUGUGUAAUGCCCUUCCCACGAUAGCCUUUUCUCUCGAUGUAUUCGCCUUAGUAGAUCGGGUAUGAAAAUACGAUAUGUGUGCUCUGUCUCACUCUUUUUUUAGUCAAAUUUACGAGUGAUAGUACUACAUUUAAUUUGCUUUUGAACAAAAAUCAUACAAUGGAAUUAUUUUGUGUAACAAAAGCAUAUGUAACGAUUAACGGCUGAUUCAAAUGGGAAAAUCAGAAAACUGCUACGAAAGGAAAAUGUAUGAAAGAAAAACGAGCAACAUAAUAAACUUUAAACACACUUA